GAGAGAGAAUAAGAGGUUGACAGACUAAGAGAGAGAAUGUACGUUAAAGGAAAGUAAAAAAAAAAUAAAUGGAAUUCUGAAUGGAAUAAUCAAGUGGAAAACACUGUGGAAAAUUCAUGUUCCUCAAGGUGUCAAAUUUGGUAUGAAUGAAAUAUUUCCUAAAGAACGAUUUUACAGGUUUCUUUUCCAAAAUAGUUCAAAAUAGUUAAUCAAAUGAAGUUUUCACAGAUUCCCCUCCUUAUCACAAAUGUGGUCAAUCAGCCAUGGUCAUGGGGUUUAGACAUGGUUGGUGUCAGUUUAGGCUAGCCCACUAAUAAUGUAGUAAUACACUAAUAUUAGGCUUAAAAUGGACUCAAAAUGAAAUUUUCGUCAUUCAUGAUCAACUCUAUCCAUAUCAUAACCGUAAAAUAUUAAUGUGCUUAACUAAAGAUGAAACUACUACAGGCCUAUUGCUAUACAGUAAAACAUUUUGUGAAAAACUGAAAGUGGUCAAAAAUGAAAUGUGAAAACCAGCUAGAUAAUGACUGAAAGCCCAGGGACACGGUGGUGGGCUUCAGGUUAAAAAUGCAUUAAAGCACAGUGACUACCACCAUUCCCACUGUGCCCCAGUGGAAAUCCAUAGUUCUCACAGCAGGACCAGGCAAAGAGGGCAGCAAGGGCAAGUCAUUGUGAGCCUUAGAGAAUAUGAGAAUAAUUCAGAGCGAAACUCAUUCCUCUUCUGUCCUGCAGACUCAGCCUGAAGCUUACAUAAGCUGUGAAGGAUGUUUGGGGAAAUGUGGAACCAUAUUGUUCAUCACUGUGACCUACUGCAACAUUCUCAAAAUGACGUUAGGAAGGAGGGAGAGAGAGAGAGAGAGAGAGAGAGAGAGAGAGAGAGAGAGAGAGAGAGAGAGAGCAGUGCUGAGAACGAGAGAAAAAUGGGAAGCCUCUUGGACUCUACUUCCCUCUACGUGCCACAGCCUAUAUCACAUUAUUCUCCGAUAAAUCAAAUAAUGCAGAGCUCGAUGUGUAGCUCCGUGUGGAAAGGUUCCUGUUCAUUACUCAAACUCCUCACACAAGCUCGAGACACGCAGCCUCAGUCCGGAGCUCACAGCUCGUUUUAGUUGGAGCGGGGAACGGGCUGAUUUGUGGAUGUGACUAUAGCGUGUGAUCAUGUUUUCCUCGAGCUUCCCAGUAAAGCUGGAAUUCCUCGGUGCAGGCUGUCCGCGCUGGAGCGCGUUCGCGGGCGCGGAGUGCUGAUCAGAGAUGAGCGUUGUUAACUGGAGGGAAUUCUGACUUAUCUGACAUCAGCAGCUCCAGCAGAGCAGCCCGAUCGUCCGCAUGAGGCUCUGGACUCUCAGCAGAGCCGCAGUGGCGGUUCUGCUCCUUUUCUGUUCACACGUAAAAGCCAUUCCUUCAGAGUGUGAUCCAGAGAUCCAGUGGCUGAAGGAGGAGGAGAACUGCUACAGCAUCAUCCACGAAGACAACCUCACACACACUGGCUCCACAGGCUGCAGUGUAUUAUGGGAUCAUCUGAACUGUUGGCCACAUGCCCAAGUGGGGGAAACCGUCUCCCAACCCUGCCCCACAUUCCUCAGGGUCAAAGGGGACGUGAUGAGGAACUGUACAGAGGCUGGCUGGUCAGAGCCUUUCCCACCAUAUGAGCUGGCCUGCGGAUACACGCUGAAUAACACACUUCACUUUCCCCCAGAUGUUAUGCAGAUGUCAUAUGAGUAUUUCAUGUGGGUAAGGAUCAUGUACUCAGUGGGAUACAGCAUCUCACUGAUCUCCCUCAUCAUUGCUCUCACAUUGCUGUGCAUUUUCAGAAAGCUCCACUGCACACGCAACUUCAUCCACAUGCAGCUCUUCCUCUCCUUCAUCCUGCGAGCUGCUUUUAUCUUCAUUAGAGAUGCAGUGCUGCACAACUCUCAGGACUACUACCACUGCGACUCUCAUCCGCCUGGCUGCAAGGUGGCACUGUUGUUGUCUAACUACUGCAUCCUGGCCAACUACAGCUGGUUGCUGGUGGAAGGUCAUUACUUGCACAGCCUGAUCCACCUGUCCCUUUACUCUCAGAGAAAACGCCUGCAUUGGUACAUCAGCCUUGGCUGGGGCACUCCUGUGCUCAUCAUCAUCGUCUGGAGUGUGGCCAAAUACCUGCAGGAGAAUGAGGGGUGUUGGGAAACAAGAGGCAACAGCUGGAUCUGGUGGAUUCUGAGAGUUCCUGUUUUCUUAGUCAUAAUAGUGAACAUGGUGUUUUUCAUGAGAAUUAUACGGACAUUAGUGCGCAAGAUGAGAGCUCCAGACAUGAUUGGAAAUGAAUUUAAACAGCACAGGAAGCUGGCCAAGUCCACACUGCUGCUGGUGUCGCUGUUUGGUGUGCAGUAUGCACUCUUCACUUUUUUCCCUGAUGAAGUCAGCAUUCUCACCUUCCAAAUCUGGAACGCUAUUGAGCUCGCUAUGGCCUCUACACAGGGCUUCAUUGUAGCUCUCCUCUACUGCUUCCUAAAUGGAGAGGUUCAACAUGAGAUUAGGAGGCGCUGGCGACGGUGGCAACCAAAGAAGCGUUUCCAUGGUGAUCCCAGAAUGCACAAUGGUUCCCUGAGUCACAGUGGCCUGCCACUCACACAGAUUUCACUCUUAGCCAGAGCUAACAACAUGACCUAACACACACACACACACACACACACACACACACACACAGUGUGUUCUAACACAUGCUGUAACACAACCACAGUGCAAUACUAAACACACAACUGAUCAGUACAACACAAUACAACCUAAUAUAUGCCACAAAAGCAUAACAAAUAUAUCAGUACUACAUCACAUUUAAAAAAAUAAAAUAGAAUUAAUAAAUAAAUAAAUCACAGCAAGAAAGGCCUGUGUUUGAAUCUCUGGCUGGGCAACCAGGAUCCUUUCUGUGUGGAGUUGCAUGUUCUCCCUGUGUCUGUGUGGAUUUCCUCCUACAGUCCAAAGACAUGCAGUCAGGCCAGUUGGAGACACUAAAUUGCCACUAGAUGUGUGUGACUGUAUAUGUCUGUGUAUCUGCCCUGUAACAGACUGGUGACCUGUCCAGGGUGUUUCUUGCCUUCCGCCCAAUGAGUGCUGGGAUUGGCUCCAGCACACCCCGCGACCCAGGUGGAUAAGCAGUUUAGAUAAUGAGUGAAUUAAUUAAUUAAUAAAUAUUGGACUAUGGUUUUUCUUGCUAUUUGCAUGGCCCUUUGCUGCAGUAACAGCCUCUGCUAUUCUGGGAAGGGUUUACACUAGAUGUUGGAACAUUGCUGUGGGGAUCUGAUUGCAUUCAACCACAAGAGCAUUAGUGAGGUCAGGUACUAAUGUUGGAUGAUCAGUUCUGGAUCACAAAAGUCACUCCAACUAAUCCCGAAAGAAUUCAGUGGUGCUCCAUCACUCCAACAACUGUGUUAGUAUGGGUGCACCUUAAAGUAGCUGAAGUGACAAAUUUAGAUGGGGUGUCUGGAUACUCAAACACUCUACUGCUCUAAAUAAAGGUAUUUAUGUCAUCUUUCAUUUAUACUGUAAUGUGGGAUUAAAAUCAGUUUAAUUUACAAGGAAAAAUAAUACUUUUCCAUAGAUUUAUACAUCAAACACAUGCUUUCACAAACCUGAAAACUCCAAAAAGAAUACAUUUCUGUGUUGAUUGUAAAGUGUAAUAUUGUAAAGUGUUGUUUACUUUAAAUUAUAUACCUGUCUGAGGAUGCUCUAUGUCAGAAACCCCAGGUUGACCCAGGCUCUCACCCAGAGUAUGCUUCUGAACAAGAGGGUUUUUAGCUCACCAGUUUAAAUCAAUACUGCUUAGCUUGUUAUGACUUAAAGUACAUACUGAAAAACAAGAAAUUAGGUUAUAAAGCACGAAGAGAGGUAUUACUAAUCAUGUUGCUCCAUG